AAACUCCUGAUCCCCACUUCAGACCUAUCAGACAAGGCUUUUUUUUUAAAUGCUGAGACCCAGGGACUCCCAAUGUAGGUCACCCCCAGACCACUCUGGAGAAAUGUGCUCUAGAUUCUGUUUCUUUUGUUUUGUUUCCCUGUAAGUAGGAUUGGAAAACAGGUUUAAGAAGGAAGUUCCUUGCUGCAUGUGUUGGAAGGAGAUUUAUGCUGUAUUCUGGGUUCAGAGGCUGCCAAAUUGGCAGUGUGCCACUCCAGACAGCUAGGAGACAGACUUUCUCUCUUUUUCCAGGAUGCCCAGAAUUGGCUCUUCACUUUAGAAAAGGGUUUAACUUAGUCUUUGCAAGUUAGUUACAGUGUCCUGGAAAGUUUGUUACCUUAGGAGUUUAGAUAUGUGAAGUCUUAGGACACAAGACUGAAAUUCUCCAUUUGUCUUGGAAUUUGUUUAGCCCUGGCAUUUGGGCUCAGUAGCCCGGGUUCAGCUGAAUCAGGGUUCCAGUUUUGCAGCAGCCAAAGCUGGACUUAACCCUAAGGUUUGUUUGGUUUUUUGCAAUGUAGCCCAAGUUGGCCUUGAACAUUGGAUCCUCCUGCCUCAGCCUCCUGCGAUUACAGAUCUGUACCACCAUGCCUGACUUACAGCAGGAGCCCAUCAAAAUUGUGGACCCUUUCUCUUCAUGAGUGUGGUCAAGGAGGAAGGAAGCUAGACACAGUUUGUGGACUUUGCCUCCUGAGAUAACAGCCUUAGUGUGCAGAUGGCUUCUUUCACUUAGCAGAUACCAAGCUUUACAUUGGUCACAUUGUUCUGUUAGGUCCCUUGUGCAGAGGAUAAAGCUAAGGCCACAUAUUUAGUUCCCAGGUACUACACUUAUUCAGAAAUUCUGGUUUUGAUUUGCUAGUGCAAGUGGCUUUGCUGUUGUUUUGGCCUGGUCAGCAGUCAGCCAGGCUCUCUGUCCUUGGGUUAUUGGCUCAUGGCUGCAGUUCCUUGGGAGAAGACCAGAGCUCUUGCAUGUUGCAAUCUUUCCUUUGGGGCAUUGUAUAAGUGGAGGUUCCCUGCCACUCUGUUUGCCAAACCUGAGUAUGAACUGGAUAGCAUUAAGCCUCAGACUAUGGCAUGAAACUGCCAAUCCUGCGCUCAAACCCUGAGGAUCAGAUCCUGUAUCAAACAGAGCGGUACAACGAGGAGACCUUUGGCUACGAAGUACCCAUCAAGGAGGAAGGGGACUAUGUUCUGGUGUUGAAAUUUGCUGAGGUCUACUUUGCACAGUCCCAGCAGAAGGUAUUUGAUGUACGAUUAAAUGGCCAUGUCGUCGUGAAGGACUUGGAUAUCUUUGAUCGUGUUGGGCACAGCACAGCUCAUGAUGAAAUCAUCCCUAUGAGCAUCAGAAAGGGGAAGCUGAGUGUCCAGGGGGAGGUAUCCACUUUCACAGGGAAACUCUACAUUGAGUUUGUCAAGGGGUACUAUGACAAUCCCAAAGUCUGUGCACUCUACAUCAUGGCUGGGACAGUGGAUGAUGUACCAAAGCUGCAACCUCAUCCAGGAUUGGAGAAGAAAGAAGAAGAGGAAGAAGAAGAAGAAUAUGAUGAAGGGUCUAAUCUCAAAAGACAGGCCAAUAAGAACCGGGUGCAGUCAGGUCCUCGAACACCUAACCCCUAUGCCUCGGACAACAGCAGCCUCAUGUUUCCCAUCCUGGUGGCCUUCGGAGUCUUCAUUCCAACCCUCUUCUGCCUCUGCCGGUUGUGAGAACAAAUGGCCAUCCUGAGAGGGUGGAGGGCAGUGGGAAAGAAACCAAACAUUGGUUUGGUGUCUGUAUUUUUCAUAAUGAUUAACAACAACAACAAAUGCCUCCCCCCGCCAAAAAAA